CUAGACCCAACUUGGCUCAACCAUCUCCCGCAUUGUUUACUCGCACGCACCGUUGAUGAGACAUCAAACGGCCACGAUUCAAUCCCCCGAUUCGCGAACUAAACCCACCGUAGACCUAAUCCCCCGCAACAUUACUACGAGUUCCGACCCCCUCCCCCGCCCAUUUAAUCCUAAACCUAAUCCUAACCCUAACCCUAACCGUAAUCCGAACACGAUCGCUCUCCGAUGGCGUCCUCCUCCUCCGCCGCGGCGGCGGCGGAAGCGACGAGCGCGGGUCCUAACCCUAAGAGGGGGAGGCGGGGGGCGGCGGAGAAGCUGUGGACGGAGGCGGAGGAGAUGGCGAUCCUGGAGGGGUUUUUGGAGUUCGUGACGGAGCGGGGGACGCCGACGCGCGCGCCCGACCACCACCACCACCACCACGACACCGCCCCCUUCUUCGAGCGGAUCCGCCCCCGCCUCCGCCGCGCCGACCUCAACCGCGCCCAGCUCGCCGACAAGCUGCGCCGCCUCAAGAGGAAGUACCGCGCCGCCGCCUCCCGCCUCGCCGCCGCCCCCUCCGCCGCCGCCGCCGCCGCCUUCAGGACCCCCCACGACCGCGCCACCUUCGAGCUCGCCCGCAAGAUCUGGAGCCCCGCCACGCCGGCGCCGGAGCCGGAGGAGGGGAGGAAGGGGAUGGAGGAGAAGUGGAGGGAGCAGCAGAUCCUGGAGCUCGAGGUGCUUCUGAAGAGAGCGGAGCUUCUCCAUGAGCACUUCUCCGCGAAGCUCGAGGAGAUGAGAUCGACGACGACGACGACGAGUUCAAACUAGUGGCAUUUCGGUUAUUUACACGAACUCAGAGGGGGUGAGGAGGAUUUAUCUGUAAAUAUGUGUAUUAAUGCUGGGUACGGUCACAUGUAUUCAUACAUACAUGUAUGUGUUAUAAGUUGCUUGGUUUAUAGAUUGGAAAUGUAACAGUUUAUUUAAAUAUGUUCCUAUUUUUAUUUUUCUUUUUGUUUUUAGAACA